UUUUUCAACUUGGAGGAUGCAUAUUGAGUGACAGUGGUCCUACUGAGCUCAUUAGGAUAUGUCGCUGUGGGUGAGAUAAGACUUUGUUCAGUCUGAGAAGUCAGCACAAGAAAACAUCGAAGUGGCAGAAUCUAGGAUUGUAAAGGUUCCGUGAGCCAUGAUGUCUGUAAAAUGCUGGCGCGUGGCAGAAAUGGCACCAUCACCCAGACUUAUUCCUGAGUGGAAGGACUUGAGCCUCCUCAUAAAUAAUGUCCUGAAGGAUCUAAAGGCUGCUGAGAAACCAAAGAAUCAGGUGAUUGUACUGAGUGACUGGCCUGAGACUCUGUACAAGACUCUGCACCAUCCCCAGAGCAAGCCUUUCAUCUGUUUCUACUCCAUCGACAUCAACUAUUUUGUCUCCUUAAACUGGGUAGAACCAGAUUCAAAGCAAAUACAGGCAGUGCUUUGGAUCCAGAAGAAAGAUACAGAAGCAGGAGGAAAAAUGGAGAAGAUGAAGUUUCGUGUGAUGGAUCAAGUGCCACCCAUUGAAGUAAUGGUCCACACGGGUUCCUACCACAUGUUAGUUGCUUACUGUGGUGACAUGCACCUGUGGCUCUUUGGAGAUCACCAUCGAGCAUUCACAUCCCUGGGCACAGUGCCCUGUCAUUUCUCCAUCAGCUGCCUCUGCUACGACCCAGAAACGGAGGUGCUGCUCUCUGGUACCUUGGGGGCUGUGGUUACCUGGCUUAUCUUACCAAAUGGCAGGGACCUCCGGAUGGCACAAACAGUGCCCAUGUCUGGUCAUGAGCUCGUACAGGGCCUUUCCCUGAAUGGCCCCCAGGGCUCUCUCCUGGCCCUUUGUGAGAAUAAGGUAAGGGUCUUCACCCACCAGGGUCAGGGCCAGCUGAAAGAGAUAAGAAAGUUCACUCCCACAGGCAGCAGCUCUUCCGUCACCUGCUCCUUCACUUGUGUCUCUCAGGGCUAUUUCUAUGCUGGAAACAAGGAUGGAGAGAUCCAUGCUUGGGGUCUUGACCGGGGUAACUUCCUCCACAGCUUCCAGGCCCAUUCCUCAUCAGUUAUAUGUGUUCACAGCCGGCCAGAGAUCCACACCUUACUGACAGCAGGCCGAGAAGGCACAGUAAGGGAAUGGAACCUUGCUGUUGGGAACUUGCUGCGGCAGCUGGAUAUCGGUGAGGGUCUGCGGCAACUGCAGUUUAUUGAUAACACCACGUUUUUCUGCCAGACCACCCACACUUUCUCCCUGCACCACCUGCCUUGUUUUUAUAGCCUCUUCAAUGUCUGCGGUUCUGCUCCUGAGCAGGUGCGCCGGGUCUGCUGUGGCCGAAACUGGACUCGGAUCCUGUGUGCCACCAAGGAUGGUUUGUUGCGCUUCCUGUCUCCAGUGACAGGAGAUCUCCUGGUUCUCACCUGGCCUUUACUUGUCAUGGAUAAGGCCGUGGCUUGGGCCUACGACCCAGACAAAGAGGAGCUCUUUGUGGCAACAGGUGGCGCAGAGGUCCUGGUGUUUGAUGCGAUGCGCUCACCUUGCACAGCCAAGUAUGUGGUGUGCACUUCAGUAAACUCUGGGGACAGAGUAAACUGCCUGGCCUACGCGCAGUCCCAUUUGGGUAUGGGCCUAGUGGGACUGAUGUUCUGUGGGCAUGGCAGUGGCAUGGUGAGAAUCCUCUCCCACUAUAGUCAUGCCCGAAUAGAGAAGCCUAUUCAUUCUGGGGCAGUUUUGGCCCUGUCUACCCUGGAAGGGCCCCAGGAAAACUCCUUGCUCUGUUCCUAUGGCAUGGAUAAUACUGUGUACCUGACAGAAGCUCUGCUGCAGAAGAACAGGGUAACCCUACAGUCCAUAAGCAAAAUUCUCUGUGGUUGUCCCCUACAGCACGUGGUACUCUUGCCUGGUUCCGUGGGUGCCAUCACUGACAACCACUGCUGGCGUCUCUGGCACUACCAAGAUUUUCUGAAAUCUUCAGAAUCAAAACGAAGCUCUAUGUUUAAAGAGACAAAAUGCCUGCACCAGUGUGCCAUCACUUCAUUUGAUGUUUGCUCUUCCCUGAAACUUUUUGUCACAGGGGGCAUUGAUGGCUCAGUCCGGAUCUGGGACUUCCACGGUAGACUCAUAACUGAGUUGGACUCAGCGUUGCAUUUUGGCCCACUCUGCUUUGCCAAUAAUCGGGGAGACCUGCUUUUAACUUUCAACCAGAGUCUUUACCUGGUAUCCUGCUUAAAACUGCUCCCUCCUGCUAAGCUGAUUCACCUAGCUAUCCUAAACAAUGCGGAUGAAAUAGAAGAAAACCCUAAACUCUUUCUGCCUAGCUUCUUCUUUUCUUUUGAAGUAGUACUUGUACCCAAAUUCGUCUACCUUGGACAAGGGCUACAGGAAUUACAGGGGCUAGAGGCCCUUGUUAACAAACGGAUUAUUGCCUUUGACAAUACUGUGCCCCAUGUUGUAGAGGAAGAGAGGCAUAUGUCUACUCUGAUUCAAGUGAAACCCAAAUUACGUUUUUUGGAGGAUAAGGAUAUUGCUUUUUCUACUCCUGACCUCAAGCAUAAUCGUCCCCCCCAUGUAGUUCCUGCUCAGUUAUGGCUGGCUGGCUGGGAUGGGUUGAACCCCUACCAUAAACUGCAUGGCUUCUUUGGUAAAGGGCAGCAAUGGCCCUUUGCUCCUGAUGGCUACAUCCCCAACUCAGUUAUCCGUGCCUGCCUUUGGCCUAACGGUACCCCAGUCUUCUUACGCCAUGAUCUGUCCCCAUCCUACCUUGAUACAGACUGGGACAUGACUGAACCCAUCAGAUACCAGACACUGUCACCUAUGCCUCCAUUAGAAGAGAAUAUCUCAAACAGAGAGAGGGAUAAAUCCAAGUGGUGGAAACGAACUUUCUAUGAUGUUCCAAUAAGCUUGGUAAACCGAAAUUGGGCAGGAAGAAAACUUGAUGAAAGACUACUAAAUAAUCUAAUCGAAGCAAUCCUUAGCCUCACAAUUUACUGUUCUGUAGACCAGUACAAGACAUAUAUUAGUGCCCUGGCACAAAUUUUUGCCACUUAUCAAGUAUCUCCAAGGUUGUGCUCUGAGACUGUCAGUCGCCUGCUAGAAGAUACACUCCAUUCCAAUUCAUGCAUCCGUGAGCUAGCUUGGGAGGGGCUAGAUAGGCUAGACAUCAUGAGCCAUCUCUUUGCUGUUCCACUGAGUCUGGGAUUGAUGGACAGUGAUGAAAAUGUGCGAGCUAAGGCUUUAUACCUUAUGAUAAGAGUCAUAGGCAUCCAAAGUAAGAGCAUGCUGGUAGGCCUGCUGAAGAAACAAACCCUCCAAAAAAUGCAGCAGGAGUUUAUUGGAGAAGCCUCUCUGCACCAGCUGCUGGGGAUCCAAGCUAAAGACAUCCAAAACCUGCUUACACAGGUGGAGCAGCAGCUAAAUGAAAACCUGACCUUGUCACAUAGAGACCAACAACCUCCUUUUUCUUUAGACAUAUCAAUGGCUGGUGUACCUGAGACCCUUGUCAAACGAAGAUUCACACCUGAAGAGAUCUUCAAACGAAAGAAAAGAAUGACAUAUAUUCAAGAAAAGAGAGAACGUCUUAUUAAAAAGAACCUGAGAGUUUCCAGAAAGAAGAGAGAGACAGAACUUAUAAAAUUUAGCUCUGUGUUGGUGCCUUCAGAGCAUGAAGGUGAACAGAGGGAGGCCAAGAAGUCAGAGCUAAUUGACAAAGAGAAUGUUGCCUUAGAGCCAGAACUGCCACUAAGUACUUUCAGCCCAGCCAAAUCUCAAGAGGAAGCUGAAUCAAAGGAGGUCCUGAUGGAGGCCACAGAAGCCACAGAGGCCACAGAAGAAGGAAGAAGUCACAUGACAGUUACAGAGGCAGUGGAAGCCACACAGGUUAUGAAAGCCAUAGAUCAACGUGGCAUGAAAGAUUAUGGAGAGAUAUUCCCUAAGCUGCAAAGACAAGAACUCAAGAAAAGACUCUGGAAAAGGGCAGUGGGAAAAAGCCAUAAAAAAGUAGCUGCGAAGGUGAAAGAGAAAGAUUUGAAGGUGAAACAGAAAGAUUUGAAGGAUAUUUCAGAGACAACUGCAGAUGAGCCCAAAGAAAAAGUCAUGCAGAUUGCUGAGCAAGAAAAAGAUACAAGGAAGAAACAUGGAAAGAGUGGCCGAGGUUUGGCUGGUACCUCUAGACGCAAGGGUGGAUCAGACACCAGGUCUUGGCGGGAUGACAUUUACUAUCUUGCUACCUCAAGGAUAGCAAGCUCCCAUUCAGGAAUGUUAAGGGAUCUGGGUCAAGAAUUGGUGGACUUGGCUCAGGUGAUGCUUGCUCCCCAAGAGCCCAGCUGGGAUUUGUUCCAAGAGAUCUGCCCCCUUUUAAAGGACUCGUCAGAAUUGGAGGAAAGAGUGGUAGAAGAACCAUCCAUUAUAACAGAAAAGGAGGAUAAAGAGAUUGCUGAGGAAGAAGUGACAGAACUGGGAGGACAAAAGGACAAAAAAACAUUAAAGAGGGACAAGGCGUUUCCUGAAGAUGGGGAAAUAGCUGAGGGAGAAAGGAAGCUAAGUAAACCAGAGGAGAAAUUAAUUCAGGGAAAGGAGAAACUGACCCAGGAUAUGGAGAAACUGGCUCAUGAGAAAGAAAAAAUAGCUUGGGAGGAAAGACUACUAGCUUAUCCACAAAAGGAAUUAACCAAGGAAGAGCAGAAGGAAAUAAUGAAAUUGGUCUCAGAAGAGGAGGAAGAGAUAGAAGAAACUGAGAAAGUGUUCCCUCAAAAAGAGAAACGGGCCAUGGGGGGAGAAAAACAAGAAAGGGAGGAACACGAUGGCAAAAUGGAGAAAAAGUCCCAGGUAAAAGAGGAAAAAGCAUUGAAGAAAAGACUGACCCAGAACGACAGUGAAUUGGCCAAGGAAAAGAGGCAUAUUGCUAAGAAAGAAAAAGCAAUCGCCAGGAAGGGAAUUGGCAUAAUUAAGAGAAAGGAAAAAACUGAGGAAGAGAGAGAAAUUGUGGAAGAAGAGGAAUUGUCUGAGGAAGAGAGGGAACUGGCCUAUGACAUUAGGACCAAGGAGAUGGGUGUUGCUAAGAAAAAAAGAAAAAGAACCAAUGAGGAGAGAAUACAGGAGAGCCUGGGCGAGGAGGAGGAGGAGAGCCUGGGCGAGGAGGAGGGGGAGAGCCUGGGCGAGGAGGAGGUGGAGAGCCUGGGCGAGGAGGAAGAGGAGAGCCUGGGCGAGGAGGAAGCGGAGAGCCUGGGCGAGGAGGAAGUGGAGAGCCUGGGUGAGGAGGAAGAGGAGAUCCUGGGCGAGGAGGAAGAGGAGGAAAUGGAGAAGAUUGAGAAAAAGAAGGAGGAAAAGGAGGAAAGGCAGAAGGAUGAGGAGAGACUUAUGGAGGUGAUACUCCCAGAAGAGGAAGUACUGAAAACAGAGCUCUCCAAGGAAGAAGUGAGCUUAUCAAAGCUGGCUCUUGACAAGAAAAAGAAAGGUACGGCUAGAAGGAAAAUGUCUUUUAAAAAAGAAAGAUUGCUUGAUGGAAAGAGAGAUCUCAUACUUCGGGAUAAAGUCCUGUGGCCAACAGUUCUGAAAAGCCCCUUCAAAACACCACUCCCAGUAGCCCCAGAAAAACAGAGCAUGCCCUGGAAAGUGUUAGGGGAUCAUUUAGAUUUGAAAGGUCAGAAAAGUCAACUUCCUGGAGCACACCCUAAGACAAGUUAUUGGGGAAGACAAGAGCAUGUGCUCUUGGAGAAAGCCAGGGAUAUGUUUUUACAAGUUAGCAAAGCAGGCCUACAGACCCAGAUCCCAGAAGACCUCCAUAGGCCAGAGUCCCACUUAUCUGAUAUUAUCAGGAAACCACAGAAAUCUGAACAUAAGUGCAAAGGUGACAUGUGGAAGUGGUUCUUGAAGUACCCGGAUUCGCUAGUGGGGAAAAUUGAGGGCCGAGCCUUAGGUCCAGUCCAAGUCCCAACCCCAUCCCUUACUUCUGUACCAGCUGAAAGGCCACGAUACUCAGAAGCAAGCUUCUCAGAUGAGGAGUGGAUUAAGAAUGCCUUAGUAAGGCUGGAAGCAGGAGAGCAGCUUUCCAAGAACAGCUUCUAUCGACUGAACCAGCUCCUUAGAAACUUCACUUCAAAGGGAUACUUGAAAUGGAUGCAUCUGUACAAUCUUAAAGCCAUUGCUAAACACCUCAGGAAGAACCUAGCAGUAAGUCAUGCAGACAUAUCACAACCCUAUAAGGAUGGUUUGAGUCCAAAGCACUUAAAAGUGAUUCCUCCAAUUAGAAGAAAAGAAAAAGAGAGCCAGCUAGAGCCAUUCCCUAUUGAUGCACUGCCCAUCCCUUCACCAAUAUUCCCAUCAACCACCAAGAGGAUUCGAGUCCCAAAGGCUAUAAACUGGCAUGUUUUAGGAGAACCUUACAGGAGUGCUCGGGUACAGCAGUUAUCCAAUGCUCUCAAAGAGAUGGAAACGCAACACUUUUAUCCUGCCGCACGAGAGAUUUUCACAGGUGCCCAUGCCUCUGUGGACAAACAAACUCUAGCAUUGAUGUUUCAGAAGGAUCUCUGGGCUUUUAAGGGAAAAAACAGGCCCCUCACAUUGCCCAAGUUGAAGAAGCCACAGCCCAUCUCUAAGAAAAAGGAAAAGCUGCCUCAAUGGGAGAAAUUCGUGGCACUGUACUAUGUUUUGCGGAUGUUGCAGCAACGAUAUGCAGAAGACCACACUACUUGGAUGGAACAGUUUUACCAACUCAUGGAUCUGUACCAAUUUAAGUCCCCCCAAAUCCAGAGGCUCCUACUACAGUUGCUGCAGAGAGAGGCACUCCAACCCCAAGAGACUAUUUACAAAAAGGCCUUGAAAACCAAGGAGUUGGUACUUGGUGAACGGUUGUUCUGUGGCCUGUUUUGUGGUCAUUCUCAUGCCCCUGAAGGUCCUCUCAAGUUCCAUCAUGUUGUACCUCUGCCUGGGAAGUGCAAAGUACAUACUGUCCAACCUGUGGGCAUCGCCCAGUAUGGGUUCCUAGAACUUGCCUGGAAAAGCCUACCACAAGUCAGUCCUUACCUUGUUGAGAAGCUGCCCAACAUCUCUACUCCAUCUCUAUGAUUUGACCUAACAUUAGGAGUUUGAGGCGUUGGUGGGAAAUAAGCCUGUCCAUAGAUUUUAAGCCUCCUGUACUCACUUCAAGGUGGGCCUAGACAUGUAUUCAUUUGGCUCCAGAAACCUGCUCUCUUGUACUGAA